UCUCGGAGGCGCGGGCCCCAGCGCCGCCCCCCGGGACGGCCCCCGCCCCUCCCGCGGCCGUCCUCUCUCGUCCCUCCUCCUCUGUCCCUCCUCCCUCCUCCCUUGUCGCUCGCGGGCCGGGCCCGGCAUGGUGCGGCGUCGCGGCCGAUGGCGCUGAGGCGGAGCAUGGGGCGGCCGGGGCUCCCGCCGCUGCCGCCGCCGCCGCCGCCGCUGCUGCUGGCGGGUCUGGCCGCUCUGCUGCUGGCGGAGCCCGCGGCCGCAGGCCUGAAGCUCAUGGGAGCCCCGGUGAAGCUGACCGUGUCUCAGGGGCAGCCAGUGAAGCUCAACUGCAGUGUGGAGGGAAUGGAGGAGCCCGAGAUACAGUGGGUGAAGGACGGGGCUGUGGUCCAGAGUGUGGAUCAGGUGUACAUCCCAGUCAGUGAGCAGCACUGGAUUGGCUUCCUCAGCCUGAAGUCAGUGGAGCGCUCUGAUGCAGGCCGGUACUGGUGCCAGGUGGAGGAUGGGGGUGAAAUGGAGACCUCCCAGCCAGUGUGGCUCACGGUAGAAGGUGUGCCAUUCUUCACUGUGGAGCCGAAAGAUCUGGCAGUACCACCCAAUGCCCCUUUCCAACUGUCUUGUGAGGCCGUGGGCCCCCCUGAACCUGUUACCAUUGUGUGGUGGAGAGGAGGCACGAAGGUGUGGGGGCCCGCUCCCUCUCCCUCUGUUUUAAAUGUAACAGGGGUGACCCAGAGCACCGUGUUCUCCUGUGAAGCUCACAACCUUAAAGGCCUGGCCUCUUCUCGCCCAGCCACUGUUCGCCUUCAAGAUAGGGACCCUGAUUCAGAGAGAGGCGACCUCUCCCCGCAGCCAGCUGAUAACACUCUCCCUGCACUGCCUGCAGCCCCCUUUAACAUCACAGUGACAAAGCUCUCCAGCAGCAAUGCUAGUGUGGCCUGGACACCAGGGGCCGAUGGCCUGGCCCUGCUCCAAUCCUGUACGAUCCAGGUGACACAGGCUCCAGGAGGCUGGGAGGUCCUGGCUGUUGUGGUCCCCGUGCCACCUUUUACCUGCCUGCUCCGGGACCUGGCACCUGCCACCAACUACAGCCUCAGGGUGCGCUGUGCCAACGCCUUGGGGCCUUCUCCAUAUGCUGACUGGGUGCCCUUUCGGACAAAGGGCCUAGCCCCAGCCAGCGCUCCCCAGAACCUCCAUGCCAUCCGCACAGACUCAGGCCUCAUCCUGGAGUGGGAAGAAGUGAUCCCCGAGGGCCCUUUGGAAGGCCCCCUGGGACCUUAUAAAUUGUCCUGGGUUCAGGACAAUGGAACCCAGGGUGAGCUGACAGUGGAGGGGACCAGGGCCAACUUGACAGGCUGGGAUCCGCAGAAGGACUUGACUGUGCGUGUGUGCAUCUCCAAUGCAGUUGGCUGUGGGCCCUGGAGUCAGCCACUGGUGGUCUCUUCUCAUGACCGUGCAGGCCAGCAUGGCCCUCCCCACAGCCGCACAUCCUGGGUGCCUGUGGUCCUGGGUGUGCUGACAGCCUUGGUGACGGCCGCAGCCUUGGCCCUCAUCCUGCUUCGAAAGAGGCGGAAGGAGACACGGUUCGGGCAAGCCUUUGACAGUGUCAUGGCCCGGGGAGAGCCGGCCGUUCACUUCCGGGCAGCCCGGUCCUUCAAUCGGGAGCGGCCUGAGCGUAUCGAGGCCACAUUGGACAGCUUGGGCAUCAGCGAUGAACUCAAGGACAAAUUGGAGGAUGUGCUCAUCCCUGAGCAGCAGUUCACCCUGGGCCGGAUGUUGGGCAAAGGAGAGUUCGGUUCAGUGCGGGAGGCCCAGCUGAAGCAGGAGGAUGGCUCCUUUGUGAAAGUGGCCGUCAAGAUGCUGAAAGCUGACAUCAUUGCUUCAAGUGACAUUGAAGAGUUCCUCAGGGAAGCGGCUUGCAUGAAGGAAUUUGACCACCCACACGUGGCCAAGCUUGUUGGGGUGAGCCUCCGCAGCAGGGCCAAAGGCCGUCUCCCCAUCCCCAUGGUCAUCUUGCCCUUCAUGAAGCACGGGGACCUGCACGCCUUCCUACUCGCCUCCCGGAUUGGGGAGAAUCCCUUUAACCUGCCCCUGCAGACCCUGGUCCGGUUCAUGGUGGACAUCGCCUGUGGCAUGGAGUACCUGAGCUCCCGGAACUUUAUUCACCGAGACCUGGCUGCUCGGAAUUGCAUGCUGGCGGAAGACAUGACAGUGUGCGUAGCUGACUUUGGGCUCUCCCGGAAGAUCUAUAGCGGGGACUACUAUCGCCAGGGCUGUGCCUCCAAAUUGCCUGUCAAGUGGCUGGCCCUGGAGAGCCUGGCUGACAACCUGUAUACUGUGCACAGUGACGUGUGGGCCUUCGGGGUGACCAUGUGGGAGAUCAUGACUCGUGGGCAGACGCCGUAUGCUGGCAUUGAGAAUGCUGAGAUUUACAACUACCUCAUCGGCGGGAACCGCCUGAAACAGCCUUCAGAGUGUACAGAGGACGUGUAUGAGCUCAUGUUCCAGUGCUGGAGCGCCGACCCCAAGCGGCGCCCGACCUUCACGUGCCUGCGGAUGGAGCUGGAGAGCGUCCUGGGCCACCUGUCCGUGCUGUCCACCAGCCAGGACCCCUUGUACAUCAACCUGGAGCGAGCCGAGGGGCCCGCCGAGGGAGGCCCCCUGCAGCUGCCUGGCGGGGACCAGGCCAGCAGCGGGGCCGGGGAUGGCAGCAGUGUGGGGGCAGCGGGGGGCACCCCCAGUGACUAUCGGUACAUCCUCAGCCCUGAGGGGCUCGCCGAGCGGCCCGGGCAGGAGGAGGAGCCGCCGGAAAGCCCCGCCAGUGAGGCCGGGAGGCGGCUCCUGCAGCAGCAGGGGCUCCUGCCCCACAGUAGCUGUUAGCCCACAGGCUGAGCGCGGCCGGGGCCGUGCUGCUGGCUGUGAUGCUGGCCGCGGACCCUGGCCCGGGCCGCGCGGCGGGGGGGCUCCUGUGGCAGCCCUCCCAAGCUGCGCUGGAAGCCUGGACCGACCAAAUGGCCCAAUCCCAGUUCUUCCUGCGGCCACUCUGGGCUGCCUGGCAUCGGCUCAGGCCGGGGCCGGGUGGAGGUGGGCCAGGCCUGGUUGCCUAAACCCAGGCAGCUGGCAGGAGGGGGUGGUUAUGUUUCCAUGGUUACCGUGGGUGUGGAGAGGAGUUGGGGGAGGGUAGAUCCAGCCCUGUGGGCCUCUACCCUCUGGCCGAGCUGCCCCUGCUGCUUUAGCGCAUGCACUGAGGUGUCUCUCACCCCGGGGGCCCCAGCCCUGCCCGUGCUCGGGGUUUAAGUGUCCGGUUUUGCUCUUCCUCACAAAGAGAUGCCCUGGUGUUAUUCCCCUGUAGGUGAGAGUUGGUAAGGGGUUGAUACAGUCAGGUCCCAAGUGCUGGGAGACAGUGGGGCGCUCCCAGGUCUGAAUCCUCGUCCCCUUCCUGAUGACCCAGCCCGCCUAGGCCAGGAGUCAAGUGCAGCUGACCAGGUCACAGCAAGGCAUGCUGGAUCACUGCAGGCUGCCAUUUGCCCAGCCUCUAAAGGCAGGGCACCCAGCCUGGCAAGAGGAAGGGGUGCUGUAGGCCCUGCCCAGGAAUGCGUGAGGCCAGAGAGGAGUCCAGGAGCCCCUCUUUACGCCCUCCCACAGUCUGUCUGAGCAUGCUACCAAAUCCCAAAAUAUCCUAAGACUAACAAAGGCAGCUGUGUCUGAGCUCAAUCCUUCCAUGCAGCGUCCCUUAGUCCCAGUUUUCCCUCUCCCUGGAGAUCCUCUUCUGUCCCAAAUCUCCAGAGACAGAGAGAAAAUAGGCCUGAUGGUUGGCGUGGGUGGGGGGGAGUUACUGGAGCCUGGACCCCAGCCCUGGCUAGGGGAGCCCCCGGAUUGCAUGGGGCAGGCCCCUGCUGUUAGGGAUAUUUCCAAGCCGUUAGAAGCUGUUUAAAAACAGAAAUAAAAUUGAGAGCUAAAGACCCAAGGCUUUGUCUCUUAACUGUUUACUUUUUUCCAGAUCGCAAAAAUGAAGCAUCUCUGCAUAGAGAAAAAUCUGGAAAGACAUAUGCCAAAAUGUUAACAGCUGUUAUCUUUACAUGAUGUGAGUUAAAGGGACUUGUUUUCCUUUGUGCCUUCCAAGUUUUCUGCACUGAGCACAAAAUGCUUUUGUAAUUAGAGAAGACCCCAAAGAAUGUUAUCACAUUAAAGAUAAUACAUAGUCAUGUAGACAAUUAGGAAAAUGUAGAAAAUCAUUUUUAAAAGUGGCAAAUACCUAUAUUCCUACCACCUAGAGAUAGCCGCCCUUGACCUUUUGAAAAUGUAAAUGUUUUGAAAAAGUUCUUUAUCUUGGAAUAAGGACAAAGACUGCUUUGGCUGUUGGCUGUCUCCUACUCCUCUAUCAGACUUCCCUUCUAUCGUUGGGUGUGGAUACUUUGUUCUCAUCUUUACACCAUUGCUGGGAGCCAGGGGAAACUCUGGGAAGAAACAGGCAAAAAGAAUGGUUUGCCUCUUCCG